GAUUUCCAGCGCUUCCACGGACAUUUUCUAUCACGUAUGAUUUUCUUGCGACUGUUAGCAUCGAUUUUCUUAUACUUUUGGAACUAUGGACAGGAUCAUGGAGUUAACUUUGGAGGAACAGUUGGGAAGGUAACUUAACUUGGAUGAGUUCUUGUUUCUCAGACUGAAGCAAGAUAUGGCUGGAGUGAUUGAUGUUUGCUGGAUCCAGGGAGGACCAUGCCACAGUCCAGCUUGAGCUCCAAAGCGAUGGUACACUGAGGAGUGUUAUGAACCACAUUCAAGAACAACUCCUAGAAAUGGAGAUCAGCGUCUGUGAGAGAUCGAUCAAAAUCCCACAAACAAAACGACAAAGCUUCAUGCAUAUAGUCGACUGGAAAUGACUCCAGGCCGGGCUUAGAAGUUAAGAAUGAAUGCAGUAACUCCGGGAACUCUAACUCUCACGGCAGAUUCCAGAUGGAGGAGGAAGGAGAUGAUAGACACAUACGAAGCUCUUCUCAAGCAGUAUGGAAACUCCAAGUCACUCAGACGGGUUCACUCACAGAUGAUCUCUAAUGGUCUCGACGGGGAUACGUACCUGGGAAAUCUCUUGGUGCAAAUGUAUGGAAGGUGUGGAAGCCUGGACGACGCUCGAGCUGCUUACCGAGGGAUCCACCAGCGGAACGUGUUCUCCUGGACGAUACUCAUCUCGCUUCUUGUCCAGAAUGGUCGAUGCAGUGACGCUGAUUAGCGUCCUGGAGGCUUGUGCGAGCCUGAGAGCAUUGGUAGAAGGAAAGACAAUUCACGAGAGGAUAGUUGCAAGUGGAGUAGAGACGGAUGUGUUUGUGGGAACUGCAGUGAGCUUCUACGGAAAAUGCGAGGCUGUAGAAGACGCAAGACAGGUGUUUGAUCGGGUAAUGGACAAAGACAUUGUUUGCUGGAAUGCAAUGACCGGAGCGUAUGCACAGCACCAUUGCGAGGAGAAAGCGUUUGCAUUGUACCUGGAGAUGGUGGAGAAUAAAUUGCCGCUCAUCACGCUCCUGGACUCUUGUUCGAGCACCUGCAAAAUGGAAAGGGGAUCGUCACUCCACAGAGAAGCUGCUGCUAGAGGAUACCUGUCCCACACGUCCGUCGUCAACGCGCUCAUCAACAUGUAUGCCAAGUGUGGAAGCCUCGAAAACGCGACGAGAGUGUUUAUCGAGGCAACAAACCGCACUACCAACGCGAUCACCUGGAACACCAUGAUAGUAGCCAACGCACAGGAGGAUCUAAAUCUCGAGGCCCUGCAAAUAUACCACAGAAUGAAUCAAGAAGGGAUAAAAGCAAGCGACGUUACUUACGGUACUGUUCUUGCUGUCUGUGCCAAUCUUGGUGAAUUUACCACGGGCCGAGAAGUCCACUCUCGCAGUCUUGCCACUAGAUGCUGCUCGGACGUCGUAAAAAACUCUCUUAUGUGUCUGUGUGGAAACUUGGAGGCCGCUCAAACUGCUUUCGAGAGUGUCGCAAGUAAAAACGUCGUUUCCUGGUCUUCAAUCGUUGCGGCUUAUGCACGGAACGGCGAAGAAGACAGAGCUCGCAACCUGUUCUGGACGAUGAAUCAGGACGGAGUGCUGCGGAAUAUUGUUACGUUCACUUCUGUUCUUCAUGCCUGCUCUCAUGCCGGACUGGCCGACGAAGGAUGGAGCUACUUUCUCUCCAUGCAGGGAGACCACCAUCUAGAGCCAACUCCCGAGCACUACGGAUGCAUGGCCAACUUGCUCGCCAAGUCCGGCUGGGUGAAGCACGCUGCAAGCUUCAUGUCCGCCAUGCCGGUUCAACCUGAUGCUUCAGCCUGGAGGAGCCUACUUGGUGCUUGUGAGGUCCACACUGACAACGAAUAUGGUGCUCUAGAAGCAAAGCAGCUGUUGGAUGCAGAACCCCGAAAUUCUGCGGCCUAUCUACUGCUAUAUGAAACUGAAUUAGCACCGGAAAGUAUGUUACAUACUACUACAAGUUAG